UCACGAGAUAAUCUAAGAAAGUCAAUUGGAAUUGAAUCCAUUAAGGCACGAAACGCGUGAUGUUCAAUUCGUGGUAUCAUCGCAGAUUUCAAGAAUAGAAUACUGAGUGAAUUCACCUGACGAUCAUGCAGAAUGAAUAUAACAUUGUGUUCAUCUGUCUUGCAGCCUUUAUGGUUAACCUAGCAGCUACACAAGACAAUCCUUGUGCGAAGAGGAUGGCAGUCGCAGGCUACGUAUGUGUGUGUAAUGAGACAUACUGUGACACUGUGGAGAGACCUUCCCAACUUCCCCGGGGACAAUACUACUAUUACAUGACAUCUGAGGACAGUCCAGGGUUCACUAAAACUGUGGGGACAUUUAUCAAUAGCACUGAUACAUCCCUAAAUGUUUAUAAAAACAUUUCAAGUGAUGUGUACAUUCACAUAAAUUCUAGUAUACAGUACCAGACAUUUGGAGGGAUUGGCGCUUCCUUCUCCGAAUCUUCAGGAAGUUUGUUUAACAAUCUUUCAACUGAGGCUCAAAAUAAAUUUUUAGAGUCAUUUUUUGGUGUAUCGGGCUUAGAAUACACAUUUGGUAGGGUUCCAAUGGCAAGCUCAGAUUUCUCACAGCGUACUUAUACUUACGAUGAUGUAGCUGGAGAUGUGGAGUUGAAAUACUUCAACUUAACUCAAGAUGAUUUUAUGUAUAAGAUUCCAAUUAUUAAAAGAGCAAUGGCCUUAAGUGAAAGAGGUUUAAAACUGAUUGCAACUCCAUGGACAGCUCCUGAUUGGAUGAAAACCAAUAAUGCAUCAAAGCAAGGAUACAUUCGAUCGCAGUACCUGGAGGCAUGGUCUAAAUAUUUUUUGAAAUUUCUGGAGGCUUACAGCAAUGAGGGAAUUGAUUUCUGGGCAAUCAGUCAUGGAAAUGAAUAUAUUAUUCCUUUGUACUUUGGUGCAGCUUUUGGCAUGCCCAAUACUGUAAUGAUGCCAGCUCAAGCUAGAUAUUGGACAAAAACAUAUCUAGGACCGAUGCUCAAGGCAUCUCCAUUUAAAAGCGUUAAACUUUUAUCUUUAGACGAUGAACGACCCUUUUUGAAUUGGUGGGCAGAUAGGCUGUACGUUGAUAAAGAAGUUGCUCAGUUUGUUGAUGGAAUUGCUUUACAUUGGUAUUUUGAUAAUGCCAAAUCCAUUGUUGAACUGGAAGGCUUCAAUACCAAAUACCCUGAUAAAAUAAUGGUGUACACGGAAAGCAGUAUUAAUAGUUUCCAGAGCAGUGGUGGUGGAAGUGUGAACUUAGGAGACUGGAGUAGAGCUCUUAGGUAUAUUAACAAUGUUUAUCAGAACCUCGAUCACUGGGUAAUGGGCUACUUAGACUGGAACAUCGCUCUGAACGAGGAUGGAGGUCCCACCGGAGCCACCGGAAUAACUCUGGAUGCCUCGGUUAUCAUUAAUACAACAAAUGGGGAGUUCUACAAGCAACCAAUUUUCUAUGCACUUGGACAUUUCUCAAAGUUCAUGCCACCUGAAUCUAAAAAAAUAAAUGUUAACAUUGACCAAGAUACAUAUGAUGUUGAAGAUGAUGACAUGAGAGAGGAAAGUAAUAUAUUAGAGAAGUUUGUGCGAAUGGACAUGGAAAACUCCAGUAGUACUACUCCUAGCCCCUUCCCCACUAGGAAACCAGACCCUCCCAGCAACACAGUCCUUGCUCUGGCCACUGUUAAUCCUGAUGGGAGUCAUACACUCAUAGCCUACAAUCCGAGAACUGUUCCAGCAAAUUUAAUUGUAACAGAUGACAGUAUUGGAACAUUCAAUCAAACUGUUCCUCCACAUUCUCUCAACUCUUUUGUGUACUGGUGACACUCAGUGUUGGAGCUGUAGUUUACUGCCGAUAGCAGUUUUCGAGCUGACAGUAGAAGUUACUAAAUCUGGUAAUUUGUGUUCUUACUGUGUGAUAUUAUCAAGCCAAUGAAUUUCAAACAUUGUUUUAGUGUAGACCAUAAAUCAAUUAUAUUGAAUAAAAGCUAAACUUUUGUAGUA